GGGCGGUCGCUCGGCAAGCGGCUGGUGCGGCCUGUUUUGUUGUGUGGCGGGCUCAGGGCUGCACGCUGCUGAUUGGCUGUGUGUGUGUGAGGGAGACGCAGGCAGACAUCCGCCUCAGACAUGGCCGAGUCCGCCGACAAGCUCUACCGGGCCGAAUACGCCAAGAGCGGCCGCGCCUCCUGCAAGAAGUGCGGCGACAACAUCGCCAAGGAGUCGCUGCGGCUGGCCAUUAUGGUGCAGUCGCCUAUGUUUGAUGGGAAAGUACCACACUGGCACCAUUAUUCCUGUUUCUGGAAGCGUGCUCGGGUCAUAUCCCACGGGGAUAUUGAUGGCUUCACAGAGCUUCGAUGGGAGGAUCAGGAAAAGAUUAAGAAGGCCAUCGAAACUGGUGGUGCCUCAGCAGGAGGGGACGCCAAAGGAGGCAAAGCAGACAUGACACUGAAUGAUUUCGCAGCUGAAUAUGCAAAGUCCAACAGAAGCACAUGCAAAGGCUGUGAGCAGAAAAUUGAGAAGGGUCAGAUAAGAUUGUCUAAGAAAAGCUUGGAUGUGGAGCGACCUCAGCUUGGCAUGAUCGAUCGCUGGUACCACCCAGACUGCUUUGUAAGCCGCCGGGAAGAGCUUGGCUUCCUAUCAAUGUACAGUGCCAGCCAGAUGAAGGGCUUUAGCAUUCUGAAAGCUGAAGACAAGGAGGCUCUGAAAGCCAAGCUCCCAGCAGUGAAGAAUGAGGGGAAGAGAAAAGCGGAUGAGAUUGAUGGAUCUGCUGCGUCCAAAAAGAAACUAAAAAAAGAGAAGGAAAAGGAAUCCAAACUUGAGAAGCUGCUGAAGGAACAGACAGAGCUCAUCUGGAGUAUAAAAGAUGAACUGAAGAAAGUUUGCAGCACCAACGACCUGAAAGAGCUGCUUAUAGCCAACAAACAGCAGGUGCCUUCCGGAGAAACCAAUAUCCUGGACAGAGUAUCAGACGGCAUGGCUUUUGGGGCUCUCCUUCCUUGCGAGGAAUGUCAGGGACAGUUAGUGUUCAAGACUGAUGCUUAUUACUGUACAGGGGACAUCAGUGCCUGGACCAAAUGUGUUGUCUUAUAUUAUCUUAUUUUUGCUAUGUUUUUUUUCUUGUUUUUCAUGCAUGUGUUAAUCCAGGAGUUCCAUGAAGUUCCAUAUUUGAAAAAGUUCAAGUUUAAGAGGCAGGACAGAGCGUUCCCUCCAGCUGUAGCUCCAGCACCGGCUACCGCUCCAGUUGCCACUAAGCCUGUGAUUAAAGAGGAAGCAGUUCCUGAUGGUAAGCCACUGACCAAUAUGACCGUUAUGACCAUUGGCAAACUGUCGAAGAACAAAGAUGAAGUUAAAGCGAUGGUUGAAGAACUAGGUGGAAAGACGACUGGGUCCGUCAGCAAAACCACAGUAUGCGUCAGCACUCAAAAGGAGGUGGAGAAGAUGAGUAAGAAAAUGGAGGAUCUAAAAGCGGCCAAUAUUCGAGUGGUCAGCGAGGACUUCCUGAAUGAGCUGCAGUCUGGCAAGAGCUUACAGGACCUGCUUACCCAGCAUGGCAUCUCUGCUUGGGGUGCAGAAAUAAAACAGGAGGCACAACAGGAGCCCCAGGCUAAAACAAAGUCCGGGAAGAGUACUGGCAAAGUGAAAGAGGAGCAGGGUAACAAAUCUGAGAAAAAAAUGAAGUUGACUGUUAAAGGUGGAGCAGCUGUUGAUCCAGACUCUGGGCUUGAAAAUUCAGGUCAUGUGUUGGAGAAAAGCAGCCAGAUCUUCAGCGCCACCCUGGGCCUGGUAGAUAUAUCUCGAGGGACAAACUCCUACUAUAAACUGCAGCUGAUCGAACAUGACAGAGAUGCCAGGUACUGGGUCUUCCGGUCCUGGGGCCGAGUCGGAACAGUUAUAGGCAGUAACAAACUGGAGGAAAUGUCUUCCAAAGAGGAAGCCAUUGACCAUUUCCUUAACCUGUAUCAAGAGAAGACUGGCAAUGCCUGGCACUCCACCAACUUCACCAAAUAUCCCAAUAAGUUCUACCCACUGGAAAUAGACUACGGCCAGGAAGAGGAUGUGGUGAAGAAGCUUUCAGCUGGAGCGGGAACAAAGUCCAAACUUGCAAAGCCAAUACAAGAACUCAUUAAAAUGAUAUUUGAUGUGGAGAGCAUGAAAAAAGCCAUGGUGGAGUUUGAGAUUGAUCUACAGAAGAUGCCUCUAGGCAAACUUAGUAAGCGACAGAUUCAGAGUGCAUACUCUAUCCUGAAUGAGGUACAGCAGGCUGUAUCUGAUAGCUCUCCUGAAGCUCGCUUGCUGGAUCUGUCCAAUCGCUUCUACACGUUAAUACCUCAUGAUUUUGGAAUGAAGAAGCCCCGUCUCUUGGAUAACGUAGAAUACAUCCAGGCAAAGGUGCAGAUGCUGGAUAAUCUGCUAGAUAUAGAGGUCGCUUACAGUCUUCUGAGGGGUGGUACAGAAGAUUCAGAGAAGGAUCCCAUUGAUGUCAAGUAUGAGAAGAUUAAGACUGUUAUUAACGUUGUAGAUAAGGACUCUGAAGAAGCCAAGAUAAUCCAUCAAUAUGUUAAGAACACACAUGCGGAUACACACAAUGCCUAUGAUCUUGAGAUCCUUGAUAUCUUCAAGAUUGAGAGAGAAGGGGAGAAACAGAGGUAUAAGCCAUUCAAACAGCUAAACAACCGUCAGCUGCUCUGGCACGGAUCCCGAACCACAAACUUUGCUGGAAUCUUGUCUCAAGGUCUGCGGAUUGCCCCUCCUGAAGCACCUGUUACCGGAUACAUGUUCGGUAAAGGCGUCUAUUUUGCCGACAUGGUGUCUAAAAGUGCAAACUACUGUCACACAACGCCGAGUAACCCCACAGGUUUGCUCCUACUGGGAGAAGUCGCUCUCGGAAACAUGUGUGAGUUGAAAGCUGCUUCUCACAUAACAAAAUUACCUAAGGGUAAACAUAGUGUGAAAGGUUUGGGCAGAACUGCACCUGAUCCUGCUGCUACUGUACAACUUGAUGGAGUGGACGUUCCUCUGGGGAAAGGCGUUAAUACCAACAUUAGUGACACCGGUCUACUGUAUAAUGAAUAUAUUGUGUAUGACAUUGCCCAGGUGAACCUGAAGUACCUCUUGAAGCUCAAGUUCAACUACAAAGGCGGACUCAUGUGGUGAUUGCACUGCCUGUGUACAACGGUUAAUACUCUAGAUCCUCAAUAGGCAAUCAGUAGACCUUCAGCGUCGGUGGAACUACAAAUCCCAUCAUUCUCUGCUAUUCAAAGAGUAUACAAGGUCAGCUGCUGAGCUGUCAAGACCUGCUGGAACAUGUAUAUCCAGCAGCUGAAGAUGUACUAGCUGGCCCGUCACCUCUGUAGAUAUGCAAACCAUACAA